GAGAAAAUAAAAAAAAAACACACUAUUAAAUCUCUCUUUCUCUCUCUAGAAACUCAAUAUUCGUUCCUUUCCUGCUGUUGUGUGAGAGAGAGAGUGGCUCAGCAGAUCGAAAUUCUCCUUCUAUUCAUUCAUCUGAUGACGAUCUAACCUCUUUCAAUGGUGUUUGAAUAACACCCACCUUUUCUUUUCCUCUCCUUUUUUUUUUUUUAUUAUUCGGAUUUGUGAUAGUUAUUGCUAGUGUCUUCGACUGAGUGAGUCGUCGACUCUUGAAUCGUCUGAGAUAUGUAGUCACUGUUGAAGGAUUAAAUCUAUUGGGGGAUACUUUGAGGAGUGGCGAUUGAAGGAUGUGGGUCUGAGGCUCAUAAUCAGAUGUGGGGUGUACGUGCAAGUGAUUCUUUGUUUUGAUACUGGCUUGGGAACCAUUAUACUUGAGCCCUGAUGCUCUGUAGUCACCGGGGCUUUAUAUUCAGCUUGUUGGAAGGCGGAAACUUUGGAAUGGGCACCAAGGUACACUGUAAGAGCUCUCUUGCUGGAUAUUACACAAUGAGAGAUCUUAAUGAGGAUUCUGAUGGUUGUAGCUGGCCCAUGUAUUGUGGAGAUAAAACCUUGACAAAUGGGCACUAUUACAAUGGUUUCUUCCCUAGGGCCAUUCCUGAUGGUUAUGCAGGGUAUGAUAAAGACGUGGUGAAACAGAAAAUGCUCGAGCAUGAAGCCAUAUUUAAGAAUCAGGUCUUUGAACUUCAUCGCCUAUACAGAAUUCAAAGGGACAUGAUGGAUGAAAUUAAAAGGACAGAACUGCGCAGCAAUGGGAUACAUGUUGAGACUUCAUUGUCGUCAAGCCCCUUAGGAUCUCGAAUGACUUCUGAAGAUGCUAGGAAAUGGCAUAUUCUUAACUUCCCCUUGGCAAACUCUGCUUGUGCUAUAACUUCUACAUCAGGUGCUGAAGACAUUCAUUCUCCUUUCAGUUCUUUGAAAGGGAACAGUGCACAAGCCAGUCAAUUUUCAUCUCCACAUGGAUGUAGUUCAAAGGAAGCUGAUGUGCUGUAUUCCAGGCCCUCAAAGGUGAGAAGAAAAGCAUUUGACCUUCAACUUCCAGCUGAUGAAUACAUUGAUACUGAUGAAGGGGAGCUGUCGAGGGAGGAAAAUAGAUACGGUUUCUCAGUUCCUAAUGGGAUUCAUAAAUUUUCGCCUGAGAGUGUAGUAGAAGAUAUUUGUGGAGAUGGUAAGAAGAGUAGCUUCCAUGGAAAUGCGGUGAGACUUGAUAUUGAUUCGCGUUUAAGGAGCGCAAAGUGUUUGGCUGACUUGAAUGAGCCUGUUCGGCAUGAAGAGCUGCAUAAUGCUGCGUAUGUUGAUCAUUUUGGUCAGACCUAUCAUGUGGAUAUGCAACGCCCUGAAUUGUCUGCUAAACCAAUGUCACAGCUUCUAGGUUUUCCAAGUGAAAUUUCACUUAACUCCCUUCAAGGGAAAAAUAAUGGUACUCUGAGCGAUAUGAGCUUGGAAAACAAUGGAAAGAGUUGGUCUCACCACUUCCUUACAGGUGAUCGUAACGGUUACCUAAAGCCUGAUUCUCAAGGUUGUCAACCAGAGAAGUUCCCUGUAAAUUCAAAGCCACCACAAGCUAUGCUUACUAGAACUUCAGAGACUCCUGCCUUUUUCCUAACCGAACACAGCAAGGCAGAUCAAUGGAAAGAGAGAAGUGUUCAUGGUUUAGAAAUCCCUGAAAGAAAUCAUGAACUCUCUAAAGAUAGAUGCCCAGAAUCAGCAACAGCUUCACACAUUCCUAGUUUGUAUCCUGCUGCUGCUUCUGACGAUUUGAUCAAUGUCUGGUGUACCUCUGCUUCAUCUUGGCAAAAGCCUGGUAUUAGCUUAAGCCAGAAGUCAAUGUCAGUUCAAGCUCCUCAUCCAUAUUUGAACUCAUCUGCUACCUUGAAUAAGAAUCCAGGGUCAUCAACUCAGGGACAAGCAAAUUUUGGGGACAGGAGGCAUCAUAAUAGCAGUAACAGCAACUCGCAAUCCAACAUGAGUUUUGUGAACGGAUUUUCUAACCGAAAUGGAUUUUAUCAUGGAUCCUCAUCACAGUCCAAGGAACUACCAAUUUGCCGCCCAUCAAUAUUCUAUGACAAUCUGAGCUGCGGUACUGAUAAUGACGUAACCUCUGAGCAGUUGAUCAAUCGUGGUUCAGCAAAUUUUUACAGAAGCCCAAAUGGCAUGGACUUUUCUAAGCAAGUUAAUUUGAAUGUAGCACUUUCGAACAAAGCCUAUGAGCCAGUUCACCAGCAACGCCUUGAGACUUCAGAUGGAAAAAGAAAGCAUGAGGAACAUCUUGCAGUGUUACCUUGGCUAAAAGCUACUUCUGGUGGUAAGAAUGAGCCCACCAUUUCGGUCAAGGACUUGAACACAGGGAAUUCGAGUUUGGUGCAAUCUUCUCCCAGUCAGUUGUCUGCAAAAAGUGCAAUGGGAAAGUGUACUAAUGGACUAUCUCCUCAAACCAUGAAGCCACUUUCUCCUUCCCAUGUAGUUGAGGCUUGUAGGAUUGGAGCAGUUGAGUGCCAAAAUUAUAGAAAAAUUCUUGGGUUUCCUAUAUUUGAAACCCCUCAAAUUUCUGAAAUAGAGUCUUCUUUGCUUACUUCCCCUUCUGUUCCCCAUCCUCAGCAAUCUGAGAGAGGAGUGAAAGAUUCCAUCACAGAUUGCAGGAAAAACAUAACUUUUGAUAUCAACUUGCCUUGUGAUUACACUCUUCCUGAAUCGAGCCAACAGAUGGUGGAAGAAAUUACUAUCAAGGAUAAAGGAGAAGAAAAUAAAGUUGCCAGUUUCAGACAGCACAUUGAUUUGAAUUCUUGUAUUAGCGAGGAAGAUGAUUCUUUGAUGCCUUCUGUUCUCAGCAGCAAUGUGAAGGCUACUGUGGGGAUAGAUUUGGAAGCCCCUGCGAUUCCUGAGACUGAGGAGGAUGUUAUUCCUGGAAUUGAAUCACCAGAAAAGGUGAACAAGGCACCUUUUCAAUUGCCACAAGAAAAGGCUGGAAGCCUGCAGGAUGAGCUGAUUAGGACAGCAGCGGAGGCAAUAGUUUCCAUUUCUUCACUUGAUCACCAGAAUUAUAUAUGCAAUGCCACUUGUGAUCCAUCAGAAUCUUCUAUGGUGGACCCCCUUCAGUGGCUUGCAGAGAUUGUUUCUUCCUGUGGAGAUGAUCCCGACGGCAAGUUUGAUGCUGUGUUAAGAGGCAACAAUGCUGAAAAGAACUCUGACUCUUCCUCAGAAGAAAUUGAUUACUUUGAGUUCAUGACAUUGAAAUUGACAGAGACUAGAGAAGAAGAUUACAUGCCCAAGCCUUUGGUUCCAGAGAUGUUAAAACUUGAAGAAACGGGAGCUACAUCGUUGGCUAAUCGACCACGAAAGGGCCAGGGGAGGAGAGGUCGGCAGCUUAGGGACUUCCAAAGAGACAUUCUUCUAGGUAUUGCUUCGCUAUCAAGGCAUGAGGUUACAGAAGAUCUUCAUACAUUUGGAGGGUUGAUGAGAGCAACCGGCCAUUCAUGGCAGUCAGGAUCGACGAGGAGGAUCUCCACUAGAAAUGGUUGUGCAAGGGGGAGGCAGCGAUCAGCGGUCAGUCCCUCGCCUGGUCUGACAACCCCUGCUUGUACUGAACUAAUUCAGCAGCUUAAUAAUACUGAUGUGGGACUGGAGGAUAGAAGUCUAGCAGGGUGGGGAAAGACCACUAGAAGGCCCCGGCGGCAAAGAUGCCCUGCAGGUAGUCUUCAGACACUCCCUUUAACGUAGUAACUUAAAGAUGCUUUUUUUAUAUAGCAAGAGAAUGUUAUAGAGGGCAGUAGGGAGCUGUUUCUAUGGCUUUGGGGAUUCAGGAUGUUGCAAGCCAUGGUACAUCCUUGUAUAUUUCUUAGCCCCUAAUUUGCCAAUCAUCUUUAUGUGGGUGGUUUGCCUACUUUGUAUUAUUCAUGAAUAAUGUUGCGUGAUUUUCUCUAGAGGAUUAUAUUCCAAGUAUUUCUUCAAUUGCAUGUGACAGCCAGUGUUUGGACUGUCAUGGGUAUCAUAUGAGGCACAAAAUUUCGUCCCAGAUGUUUACAUUAUUCCUUGUAGUAGAUGUCUUUAUCUACAGGAUAGCUGAGAAAUCUGUACAAAAAUGAUUUUUUUGAAAA